ACACACACACACACACACACACUUGCAGAGCCGGAGCUGCCGCAAAGCCCCGUCCUCCAGGGCUUUUUCAACACCGUGUUUGCUUCACGCUCCAACAAUAUCAUCCAAUUGAGGAGCCGCAGCCGCUAAACGCACCGAAGCGACGGUCAUCGUGGGAACAGCGCAGACAAACACAAACCAUUAUGGUUUAGGAGAAGGACAGAAAACGACCGCAUCGUCAGUCGGUGAACAUAAAAACAGUAGAUACUGGGUUGCGGGUCAACGAGUUUAACCCUUAAUCUGCCUUAGCGCCGUUGCUCUCGUUGAAGGUAGUCAAAGCAGCAAGGAAGCCUCGAUGAAACGUGACCGUUAUUCCGUUACUUUCAAUGUGGUUGGGACCGCAGCCGACUCGGUCGUCGCAGCUGGCUCGGUACGGCCGCGUUGAUGCGGCAGCAGCGCACGGCUGUGGGGUUCAAAUCCACCACCGGAGCUGGGAAGACAAUAGGUGAAAUAUACGCCGGCCUGGACUCCCAAGCCUACACUAAAACGAGAGUCUGCACCCGCUUUGGCUUCACCAGUGUCCCAGUGAGGAAUCGGGUUAAGUGAGUGAAGCGACAGCCGGCAGGUAGCUGGAUCAGGAUGGCGUCUGUAGUGAACUACUCCCCGCCUUGGUGGGUGAAUCUACUUCACCGGUUGCCCCAUUUCAACAUGGAAUUCCAGGUUUUGAGCAGUGACUUCAGACCGGAGGACUCCGAGUACCAGAAGUCCAUUUUGCUGCUCGGCGCCGUGGCCUUGUUGUGCCUGGGCCUGGACCUCCUCUUCCUCCUCUUCUACUCGUUCUGGCUCUGCUGCCGGAGACGCAAGAGUGACGAUUCAUCGCACUCCCAUUCGCACUCCCAGCAGCCCAGCGCUGACUGCUGCUGCACCGCCUGGUGCGUCAUCAUCGCCACGCUUGUCUGCAGCGCUGGCAUUGCUGUAGGAUUCUACGGAAAUGGGGAGUCUAGCGAUGGAGCCAAUCGUUUGGCGUACUCCCUCCGUCAUGCCAACCGCACUGUAUCCGGGGUGGAGAAACUGGUGUCAGACAGCGCCAUCGCCUUAAACCAGACAGUGGAGGAGAGCUUGGUCCAGUUGGAGACAGCCUUCCAGGACCAGACAGACUAUGUGUCCAUCGUCCAAAAGCUGCAGGGACAGCUGGAUGAGCUGGUGAGGCUGAUGGUCGAUGUUCCCUUCUGGUCCAAUACUGACGUUUCCCUGGAGGACUUGGCGAGCAAGACGGAGACUUUUGAUUUUUACAGGUGGUUGGGGUACCUUGGCCUGCUGCUGUUUGAUGUGCUCAUUUGUCUUCUUGUGCUCUUCGGCCUGAUACGCAACUCUAGAGGCACUCUGAUUGGAGUGUGUCUGCUGGGCGUUCUGACUCUCAUCAUCAGCUGGGGGUCUCUCGGCCUGGAACUGGCUGUCGCUGUUUCCGCCAGCGACUUCUGCGUUUCCCCGGAUACUUACAUCACCAGGGUAACCAAGGAAAACGCUGUCAUCAACCAAGACAUACUGCAGUAUUACCUGAGGUGCAGCUCUGGCCAGGUGAACCCUUUCCAGCAGAGGCUGUCAGGGAGUCACAAAGCAUUGGUGGAGAUGCAGGACGACGUGGCAGAGCUACUGAGAUCAGCAACACGCGAUUAUGCCAACACCAAGGGGAGUCUGGAGCAAAUCCAGUCCGUGCUGAAUUCCACUGAGGUUGGUCUUCACCAGCUGACGGCUCUGGUCGAUUGCCGCAGCCUACACAUGGACUACGUUCAGGCAUUGACUGGGCUGUGCUAUGACGGCGUGGAGGGUCUCAUCUACCUGGUUCUCUUCUCCUUCGUCACUGCCCUGAUGUUCUCCUCCAUCGUGUGCAGUGUGCCACAUACCUGGCCUGGCAAGAGGACGGAUGAGGAAGAUGGAGAGGACGAGUCGGGUGCCUCACGGGGCGGUGUGCACGAUAACCUGUACCGCGUUCACAUGCCCAGUCUCUACAGCUGUGGCUCCAGCUACGGUAGCGAAGCUAGCCUGCCCGCUACAGCCCACACUGUCAGCAAUGCCCCCGUCACUGAAUACAUGAGCCAGAACGCAAACUUUCAGAACCCUCGGUGUGAGAACACCCCCCUGAUUGGCAGGGAGUCCCCUCCACCCUCUUACACCUCCAGUAUGAGAGCCAAGUACUUGGCCACCAACCGACCGGACCAGAACCGACGCUCCGUUCCCAACGACCAACUGGACCCGGCUAGCCGGCCUCACCCCGCUGCCCGCCCACAGUCCUCAGUCCACUAGAGACCAGAUCCGCACCAGUGCACCCCCGUACUGCCUGAAUCCUCCAGUUCUCACAGCCAGUGACAAGCUCCAACUCAGCGCUCACCAGAGCUCCACCAGAGCUGAGCUUUUAUGUUUAAAGCACCAACAGGACCCCAGUUUGUCAAGGUCCACUGAAUUUCACCAACACCGACCGGUUCACCAGAAACAGCACAGCAAGCCAGGAAAUCCGCAACCAAGCACCUCAGCAAAAGACUGCACUUUGAAGGUCAACCUUCACCUCUCUCCCACAGUUAUCAAAAAAAUGAAAGCCCAUCGCAUCAGAUCACAAUUUCUACUCCUCUGCUCGUUCUGCCUCUGCUGUGAUGUAACAGCCCUCAUACCCACAAUGCACAGCUGUUAAAGCGCCUCGGCGCCAGUCUCCGGUUUCUUCUUCUUUUACUUUUCAAUUUUCUCCUCCUUCUCCUCCACCUCCUCCACUGGGAUCUGUACACUGCCCCCUAGUGGAGACAACUACGUCACUCUCACCUCUCAACUCUCAACUCCCCAGACACGUACACAUACAGACCACACACUCACACGCAGACAAGUAAAUACACACACACACACACACACACACACACACACACACACACACACACACACACCACACACACACACACACACACCACACACACACACUGUACAGAUCUGUAAAUAGUAAACGUGUGCUUUACUCUGAUUUCAUGAAAAGUAGACUGUUGAAUCAUUACUGGUAAAUGUGGUGUGCUGCGUGUUUAUCAUGGGAAAUUUUUGCUGUAUCUCACACACAGACGGUCGGACAUGUGUAUAAAUAAUAAGCCAGUGAAUCAGAAAGCCAUGUUUAGAUAGAAACAGUACCAACACAUCCACAUUCUCUCUAUCUUAACAUUAUCGUCUAACUAAGACUUGAAUCAUGAGCUUGAAAACUUGUGUCCGUGUCUCUCUCCAUAUUUUGUUUACGUGCACAUACAGUACAAGCACCGAUUAAUGCAUUUCUGAAUAUGAGCCAGGAAUCCUCUUGUGGAAAAACUAUUUUGAAUUUGAGGAUGUGGAGCAAGAGACCAGGGACAUAAGAAGGCUCAACCUGUGCCAAAAAACUCUGAAUAAUGAGGGAUGCCUGAUUCUGUCCUCCUCUUCUUCUACUGCCUCCAGAUGUCUCACAAAAAGUGGGGGGGGGGACAAAAACCCCUCCAAACCCGACUGUAAAUAAUAAGGGAACGGGAAAGACACUCGAAAAAGGAAAACGAUGAAUGGAAAUGGAAUAAGACUCACUGAGAAUUGCGACUACAUGUUUGCCAGGUGCUAAGUCAAGCUCCCAGAGGACGACCGGAGCUGAGGAAAAGGUUUUAUUAUUUUAAUGUUUUGUUUUCAUUCAGGGAUGUGAGCAGGAAUAUGAAAAACAAAAGCAUUAAAAAUGUAAACAGCUUUCCGUCAUCACUGAAUGGAAGUUGUGUCCCAAAACUUGGAGGAAAAAAAAAAAAACAACAUGUCCCUGAUAAAUAAUGUUAUAUAGAAGUGUGUAAAAUCAAGAAAAGUGGGUGUUUUUUUAUGUUUUUAUGAAAUUUGAGAUGUGAUACUGUGACCAACUUUAGUAUUCUGUUUCUUCUCCUGCAGAGUUUUCUUUCUUCCCGUGCUUUUAUUUUGUUAAAGCGGUCUUCAGUUUUCUUUAAUUUUUUUUUUCCUUUGCUUUCUUGUCGUACCCACAAGCACAAGUUCUCUUCAAGGUGACUUUGUGAGGAGGAUGGAGAAGUAAAACUGCCUGGGACACUGCCAGUGGGUUUUUCCCCUCCUCUCCUGCUCUAAUGCUCUCUGUACAGUGUGUAAAAACUGUAUUUGUGAACCCGUGUGUGUGACAUCUCUGCAGCGUGAUUGGCUAUUGCUCUAUCUCAGUGUUACUGUGUGUAAGUACAGUGAUCAGUGUGUCUGACUGGCAGCAAGCAAGGGCCAGCCUACCUAGCCUGAGUCAUUUCUAUACGGACGCCUCGCAUGCCCUCAUAGACACACACACAUGCUGUACAGGCAUCCACACUCAACACACACACCAUAGUUUCUUAUUAAAAAAAAACCCCAUUUCUCCCCAACAUUUGUCCCGUUUACAUCCACCUCUAGAGCUGUAGUAAGUACACGUCCUCCCACGACUGUGACAUCACACUGAUAGCCAUUUGCAUUAUGGGUGAUGUAGUAGGUAGAGACCUUGGAAGCUAGUAUUUAGCCAAGUGAGCAGAGCCCUAACAUUCAAACCACCUUCCAACCACCAUUCCUGUACAGCAUUUUAAUAUGUUAAUAUUAAUCAAUGACCACUUCUCGUAUUAGCGAGACAAUCUUACAUGUGUGAAUUUACUAGGAAGAAAAAUGUCCAUGUUAUGGUAACAGUGCUACCUAUGGUCUAGUACUUUACAGUGUUCUUUUUGCACCAUCGAUGCAAGCGAUGUUAAGAUCUGUGGGACUAUAGUCACUGAUUAAUGGCCUUUCAUAAUGUUUUUUAACUCUUACAACACUUCAUAUCACAACAUGUUUUUUUUUAAUUUUUCUCUGUCUUGUAAAAUUCAGACUUUAAAGAUAAAAUAAUAGCUAACUGUUUUGUAGGAGAAUAAAGGCAAGAGCAGCGUUUUUCCUCUCUUAUUAAUGGUGAAUGACUCUCUGUCUUGCAAUGUUUUAAUAAAACUAUUCCAGUGUCGUCUGUACACCUGACUUAAAGUUGUAUUUGAAUUCCUGGGCGACGCUCUCUAGGAUCUUUUCAGUCGGAUAUGCUGAUGUUUAAGAGUCAGUAAUGCUGAUGUGUAUGUGUGGCAUUAACAGGACUUCAAAUGCACCUCUGUCCAGAUGUGACGGACCAACAAUGUUUUCUAUGGCUGUUUUUAUUUUCUGAUGGUUUAACUAAGAUAGUAAUGAUGUACAUGUCAAAAAUGUGGUAAUGAUAUCAUUCAGCCUGGAAUAAAUGUUUUAAAAAAAGGAAUUAAAGCAACUUUAACGUAC